CCGCGGGCGCCGCUCCGCCGCUCUAACCCGCUGCCUCCUGAGCCGCCGCGCAGGCAGGCGGGCAGGCUCUGGAGGCUGGAUAGCCAUGGGCGACUGGGGCUUCCUGGAGAGGCUGCUAGACCAAGUCCAGGAGCACUCGACUGUGGUGGGCAAGAUCUGGCUGACAGUGCUUUUCAUCUUCCGCAUCCUCAUCCUGGGCCUGGCAGGCGAGUCGGUGUGGGGCGACGAGCAGUCAGGUUUUGAGUGUAACACGGCCCAGCCGGGCUGCAUCAAUGUCUGCUAUGACCAGGCCUUCCCAAUCUCCCACAUCCGCUACUGGGUGCUGCAGUUCCUCUUCGUCAGCACGCCCACCCUGGUCUACCUGGGCCACGUCAUUUACCUGUCCCGGCGGGAGGAGCGGCUGCGGCAGAAGGAGGGGGAGCUGCGGGCGUUGCGGGCCAAGGACCCACGCGUGGAGCGGGCACUGGCAGCCAUAGAGCAUGAGAUAGCCAAGAUCUCAGUGGGAGAGGACGGCCGCCUGCGGAUCCGUGGGGCGCUCAUGGGCACCUAUGUGGCCAGCGUGCUCUGCAAAAGCGUGCUGGAGGCAGGAUUCCUGUACGGCCAGUGGCGUCUCUACGGCUGGACCAUGGAGCCGGUGUUUGUGUGCCAGCGCGCCCCCUGCCCCUACCUCGUAGACUGCUUCGUCUCCCGUCCCACGGAGAAGACCAUCUUCAUCAUCUUCAUGCUAGUGGUUGGACUCAUCUCCCUGGUGCUCAACAUGCUGGAGCUGGGAUACCUGCUGAGCCGCUACUUUAUCCAGGGGGCGAAGGCCCGGCGGCGCCUGGCUGUGCCCCUGGCCCAGCGCACCUCCUCGGAGCCCUCCCCUGACCAGGCCUUCUUCUACCUCCCCCCCAGGGGGGGCCCCUCGUCCCCACCUUGCCCUACCUACAAUGGGCUCUCAUCCAGUGAGCAGAACUGGGCCAACCUGACUACAGAGGAGAAGCUGGCCUCUUCCAGGGCCCCCGCCUUUCUGGACCCACCUCCUGAGAGUGGCCAGAAGUCCCCCAGUCGCCCCAGCAGCUCUGCUUCCAAGAAGCAGUAUGUGUAGGGGCCUAGGGCUUAUGUCACCCAACCGGGGGGCUCAGGGAAGCCUGGCUGCCUCGGAUGCCUUCUCCCUGAAAACUGAAGGGAUGAGGGGAGAAACGGAAGCAGGUGUUUGCUGGCCAGGAGGCCUUGUUGCAGGUUGUGUUUGAACACCUGGGGCCUUCCUGCUGACCAGACGGGCACCAUGGAGUCCCCCUCCAGAACAUGACUCUGCCGUAGGCACAGACAGAGCCAGCUUGGGGUGCUCUAGACCAAGGGCGUUAUGGGGCCGCUGGACUUUUUCACCUGGUUCAGAGCAACCAGGAGCCAAUCUGCCCCUCCCUCAUGGAAGAUUCACCUCUGCCCACAUUGUCCUCACAGGAAAAGGCUGGUUGAGGCUGCUGGGUCAGCCUCGAUCUCACACACACACACACACACACACACACACCACCACCCCACCCCACCCCCACCCCUGUGCCGCAUCUGGCCCUGUCGAGGGGACUGGUGUCUCGUUCUCACUCCUUCCUAGUUCCACUGUUCAUGCUUCUCAAAUAAACAAGACUUGAUCACAA